AUUGCAGGCAUCAUGAAGAUUACCUCGCUGCUGAUAACUCACGCGAGGUUCAGGCGAUCCGUCAAGAUCCUUCUGCUGCUCCUGUUAGGUGUGGGAUACUCCCGCGGGAUGCCACACGUCUUACGAUUCGGAGGAAUAUUUGAAUCCAUUGAAACUGGGCCAUCUGGUGCUGAGGAACUAGCCUUUAAAUUUGCUUUAAAUACAAUCAACAGAAACAGAACCCUACUGCCAAACACAACACUAACAUAUGACAUUCAAAGGAUAAACAUCCACGACAGUUUUGAGGCUUCCAGAAAAGCCUGUGAUCAACUCUCUCUGGGAGUGGCAGCCAUUUUUGGCCCCUCUCACAGUUCUUCAGCCAAUGCAGUCCAGUCCAUUUGCAACGCGCUGGGGGUGCCACAUAUCCAGACCAAAUGGAAGCACCAAGUGUCAGACAACCGUGACUCAUUCUACGUCAGCCUCUACCCUGACUUCUCCUCCCUCAGCAGGGCCAUCCUAGACCUGGUGCACUUUUUCAAAUGGAGGAUGGUCACUGUUGUGUAUGACGACAGUACAGGUCUUAUCCGGUUACAGGAGCUCAUUAAGGCACCUUCUCGUUACAAUAUCCGGUUAAAAAUCCGACAGCUGCCAGCUGAGACAAAAGACACCAAGCCACUUCUUAAGGAGAUGAAGCGAGGGAAAGAGUUCCAUGUGAUCUUUGAUUGUGGCCAUGAGAUGGCUGCCACUAUUCUCAAACAGGCUCUUGCUAUGGGGAUGAUGACAGAGUACUACCACUACAUUUUUACUACAUUGGACCUCUUCGCGUUGGACGUGGAGCCGUAUCGCUACAGCGGGGUGAACAUGUCAGGCUUCCGUAUUUUAAACACAGAAAACAGCCAAGUAUCUUCCAUCAUAGAAAAGUGGUCCAUGGAGCGCCUACAAGCACCUCCCAAACCUGAUUCUGGCUUAUUAGACGGCUUUAUGACGACGGAUGCAGCACUGAUGUACGAUGCAGUGCAUGUAGUGGCCGUAGCAGUGCAGCAAUCUCCUCAGAUCACAGUCAGCUCUCUCCAGUGUAACCGGCACAAACCUUGGCGCUUUGGUAACCGCUUCAUGACGCUCAUCAAAGAGGCCCACUGGGAUGGCUUGACCGGACGGAUAAAUUUCAACAAAACCAAUGGCUUAAGGACAGAUUUCGAUCUGGAUGUGAUCAGCCUGAAGGAGGAAGGACUAGAGAAGAUUGGAACAUGGGACCCUGUAAGUGGCCUGAACAUGACUGAAAAUCAGAAGGGAAAGAUGGCGAAUAUCACAGACUCACUCACCAACAGGACCCUAUAUGUGUCUACAAUACUGGAGGAGCCAUAUGUGAUGUUCAAGAAGUCAGACAAGCCUCUGCAUGGUAACGAUCGUUUCGAGGGAUACUGCAUUGACCUGCUGCGGGAGCUCGCCAACAUCCUGGGCUUCAUCUAUGAGGUGCGGCUGGUAGAGGACGGGAAGUAUGGCGCGCAGGAGGAGAGCACAGGCCAGUGGAAUGGCCUGGUGCGUGAGCUCAUAGACCAUAAAGCUGAUCUUGCAGUGGCUCCCCUAGCCAUCACCUACGUGAGGGAGAAAGUCAUCGAUUUCUCCAAGCCAUUCAUGACACUGGGGAUAAGUAUUCUGUAUCGCAAGCCCAACGGUACCAACCCAGGGGUGUUCUCCUUCCUCAACCCUCUCUCCCCCGACAUCUGGAUGUAUAUUCUGCUGGCUUACUUGGGUGUCAGUUGUGUGCUGUUUGUCAUAGCCAGGUUUAGCCCCUACGAAUGGUAUAAUCCCCACCCAUGCAACCCUGACUCGGACGUGGUGGAAAACAAUUUCACCCUGCUAAAUAGUUUCUGGUUCGGAGUUGGAGCUCUCAUGCAGCAAGGAUCUGAGCUCAUGCCCAAAGCCCUUUCUACCAGAAUAGUAGGAGGUAUCUGGUGGUUUUUCACCCUCAUCAUCAUCUCCUCCUACACGGCUAAUUUGGCCGCUUUCCUCACAGUAGAACGGAUGGAGUCUCCCAUCGAUUCAGCUGACGACCUGGCCAAACAGACUAAAAUCGAGUAUGGUGUGGUGGAGGAUGGCUCCACAAUGACCUUCUUUAAAAAAACAAAGAUCUCCACAUACGACAAGAUGUGGGAGUUCAUGAGCAGUCGCAGGCAUUCAGUCAUGGUGAAGAGUGUGGAGGAGGGUAUUCAACGGGUGCUUACCUCCGAUUAUGCCUUCCUCAUGGAGUCCACCACAAUCGAAUACGUCACUCAGCGCAACUGCAAUCUCACACAGAUAGGCGGCCUGAUCGACUCCAAAUCCUACGGUGUUGGUACUCCUAUGGGCUCUCCAUACAGAGAUAAGAUCACCAUAGCAAUCUUGCAACUUCAGGAAGAAGGGAAGCUGCACAUGAUGAAGGAGAAAUGGUGGAGGGGGAACGGCUGCCCAGAGGAAGAGAGUAAAGAGGCCAGCGCCCUAGGAGUACAGAACAUAGGAGGCAUCUUCAUUGUUCUGGCCGCUGGACUUGUUCUUUCUGUGUUUGUGGCAGUUGGGGAGUUCCUCUAUAAGUCUAAACAAAACGCACAACUCGAAAAGACUUUGCCAGCUAGAGAGCCAGGAACUCUCCUUGAUGUAUAUCUCUGAAGCCAGAAGGGAUUUGGUUCAUAUGCUCAGAUGGACACCAUGCUUUUCAUCUUGUCUCUCCUCUACAGCCCUGUCUCACAUGCCCCAUUUCACCUCAUAUUUCUCUUUUGGUUUAUUUAGGGCAUGGGUUAAAUUGUUCACAUAUUUAAAACUAAAUUUAGAAUCAAGUAGUUUAAAUAUUUGGGAAAAUUUUUGUUUUUCACAAAAUGUAUACACCAAUGUGAUUUUUUCCCCCACAUUUAAUUCUUACAGUGGUGUCUGCUGAUUUCACUUUUAUCAUUUGUAUUUGUUUACAGGAAAAGAAAUAUGUUAUGCAUAAUAUACAUAACUGCAGCAUUUGCAAACAAAUUCUGUAAAUUACCAAAUUACUUUAAAAAACCAAAUGGACCUAUUUUACUAGAGAAGGUUUUGGCACAGAUUUGAGGAUUGCAUAAUGACAUAAUGCACAUUGACCUCUGCUCAGCUUAUCAAAUAUCUUCAUUUGACUUGGUAACUAUUUAAAAUUAUAUAUAUAAAAAAACAUGACCACAUCCUCAGAUUUUUUUUGUUGUACUCGGGUGAGAGCUUCCACUAUCCCUGUGAGUUGUACCUGUGAGUUGUAAGUCUCAUAUAGCCCCAAUUAGCCCCUCUCAACAGGGCUCUGGCUUUAAGAGCCAUCUCAUCGAUCUCUUCCAGUUGUAUUGUUUGUUCAAGCCACCAUAUUGAUGUUUUAGUGCAUCAUGUUGUGAGGUGUUAUUCUGCAGGCAAGUCCUUAGGUUGACUUAAAAGGAGAUCUUUGCACAAAAGUGAACCACUUGCACUCAGCACUGGCAAAUAACCAGCUUUUACAAAGCAACUUCAGUGAGUUGAAUAAAAUAAACAUGAUGUAAAAAUGUAUUAUCUAUAACAUUUUGGUUAUUCCUAUUCCAUUACUAGUGCAUUUUAUUUAAAGAUACGGUGCUAGUUGACAUCAGUCUUGAAAAUGGCCUUGUGGGACUUCAUUCCCACUUAGUCAAAACCCAUAUUUGUGGCCCAAACGAGCAAAAUUAGCUGCGCUCUCAGGGUGACACUAGGCAAUUAUGGGUGUCUGUGAGCUUAUGCAUAUGGAAGUAGGUGGAUCGUGUUUUCCUUUGAUUGUGCUUCACCACCCCCUGAUGUUGCAUGAGUAGCAGUUUGAAAAGAUACAGUCAAAGGAAGCAUGUUUUUACCUUUUGCUCUCCUGGGUUGGUAGCUAUUGUGUUACAGUACUGUAUAUGUGAUAUCUGCCUGAUGGAUGGGAAUUGGCAAUAACUAUAUGUUCAAAAAACAAAAAAAAAAGAAAUCAGCUAGAGAGCCAGAAGUGGUGCUGUUAUAUUGAUUUGACCUACUACACAUGUCAAGCUAUUAAGUUUCCACUUUCCAUGACUCAUUAAUUUAUUUCACACUGGCCGGGAUGCUUUAGGUGAGCUAGAGCUGGGAACAUCUGUAGUCCAACUAGGGACUGUGGAGGCCAAUCAUGACCAUUGUAUUUAUACUCAUUCCCAUGGUAGGACCUCUGGUCAAAAUUCACACACUCAAUUCAUAUACAGUACUAUGGGCAAUCUGGUAAUUCGAAUUAGCCUAAUGUGCAUGCCUUUGGACUAUGGGAGGAAACCAGAGUACUUGAAAGAAACCUACCAAGGACGGGGGAAACAUGCAAACUCCAUGCUACAUGCACUCGAGGUGGGAAUCAAAUCCUUGACCCUGGAAGGCAACAGUGCUAAACACAAGGCCACCAUGCUGCCUCUAAAUAUGUCAACAUAUAUGUUAUGUCAAAUUAUUAUUAAUGUGGUGUCCGCUGCAUAGCUUUAAGAAGUUUAUUAACUCAAGAAUAUAAGCUUAGUGUGCACAAUGCCACUUUCCUUGUGUAGAGUGUAAAAGGGACACUUAAUCUACAGAUGGUGUUUAAACAUGGGGGCAUGAAAACAGGAAAAGAGGCAGCUGGAGUUGCUCUUUAGUGAACAAGGCAAUAUGGGCCUGGCAGCAGCUUUUGAAAGCAGAACAUGAUGUAGGAGUUGUAUACUCCCUAAAAACAUGUUCCUUUAAACAUGGAACAUGGAACAAACCAUGCUAAAUGUAGUAAGAGUGAUGGUGAGAGCCUUACAAAGAUAAAAUAUUUUAAAUAUACAUAAAUAUAAAAUAACAAAGAGCAAGCCACAAUUUUUUUUAUAUAAAAUAUCAUACAUAAAAUCAUAAAAUAUAUUUUUAAGUUGAAAAAAAGGGUAGAAGUCAAAACAACAACAUUGCACCUUAAUUUAUACAUAAAAGAAAGUAUUGAUGUUAUUUCUGUCUGUAUGACUAGGUUUUUUUUUUUGUUUGUUUGCUUUUUUU